AUCUAUCUUUUAACAAAGUGAUAAAUUGUAAUACAAAAAAAUUAUUUCCAAAAUUCUCGGCAACAUGGAUAUGGUAGAAAAAGUAUUUGAUAAGCCAAUUAUUUCGGAACUAAAUGGUGCUAAGAAAUUGAAGACUGCCCUGACACCGCCACCCUCGGAGAUCGAUAUGAAAGAGCCGAUCUACGACUAUAUGAAGUAUGUCAAUAAUAAUAAUAAUAACAAGAAGAAGAAAGGCAAAACUGGACCGACAUUGAAUAAUACGAAGCGGGUUUCCUUUAAGCGGAUCGUAGAACAGGUGACCUUCACCGACGACUGGAAAAUGCUGAUGAGCGAGAGCAAUCUGCGCACUGAGGAGGAACAGCGCAAGAGUUCGAACUUGAGACGCAAUUUCUAACAAUUUAGAAUUGAAUUAUUGAAAAUAUUUGUUCAAA